AUGCCUCUUUUGGGUCAUUUUUGCACAACCUACAUUGUUUCUCUUUUCCUGUGCUCCCUCCCCUCUUCGUUUGCCCACGGUCAGUUGAACGCUGUGGAGGGACAGCGCAACUACAGCAAAUUUCAGGUAACUCGACUCGGCAUGCUGUCAGAGCAACGCUUCCGGCUGCUCAACGAAGAGAUGGCCAAAUUACGAGAGUAUUUAGCCGCCACAGAAAAGCAGCUCAACGACCUGAAGCGUACUUUGGAUAAAGAGACCUACACUCCAAAGUCGCAGAGCUUCGCUUGGACGGUUGAGUUUUACAAAUUCAUGCCACCUGUUCAGUUUGGUAGUGGAGAGAAUUGUCUGUUAGCCAGGGUGAUUAGGGAAAGAGAACCAAGCAAAGUUUGGGCUCUUCUGGUAGAGAAAUGCUAA